UUGUACGCCGUGACGUUAACCCACGUUUUGUUGUGGAGCGCGCCAAACACGGCUACCAACAGCUAGUGGAAGUGCUUAAAACUUAAAAAAAUAACCCAGCUUGGAGCUAAAUUCACAUUUGAAGAACACAUGGCUUCUACAAGUAAAGCACCGUUACAGACCAGAAACUUACCAUGGGUUGAAAAAUACAGACCACAGAAACUUGAUGAUCUGAUCUCACACAAAGAUAUUCUAAGCACCAUUCAGAGGUUUAUCAGUGAGGACAAGCUUCCCCAUCUCUUGUUCUAUGGCCCCCCUGGAACGGGCAAAACCUCCACCAUCCUCGCCUGUGCCAGGCAGCUGUACAAGGACAAAGAGUUCAAUUCCAUGGUGUUGGAGCUAAAUGCAUCAGAUGACCGAGGUAUUGAUGUUGUACGCGGCCCCGUUCUGAGUUUUGCCAGCACCAGGACCAUCUUCAAGAAAGGCUUCAAGUUGGUGAUACUGGACGAGGCCGAUGCCAUGACCCAGGACGCCCAGAAUGCAUUGCGGCGAGUGAUUGAGAAGUUUACAGAAAACACUCGAUUCUGUCUGAUCUGCAAUUACCUGUCCAAGAUCAUCCCGGCCCUGCAGUCUCGCUGCACAAGGUUUCGCUUCGGCCCGCUGUCCCCGGACCAGAUGAUCCCUCGGCUGGAGCAUGUAGUCCAGCAGGAACGUAUUGACAUAACUCCAGAUGGAAUGAAGGCCAUUGUGACCUUAUCAUCAGGUGAUAUGAGAAGAUCACUCAACAUAUUGCAGAGCACCAGUAUGGCGUACGAGAAGGUCACAGAGGACACAGUGUACACCUGCACGGGUCACCCCCUCCGCUCAGAUAUAGCCAACAUCCUCGACUGGUCGCUCAACAAAGACUUCACCACAGCGUACAACCAAAUCCUUCAGCUGAAGACUUUAAAGGGUUUGGCCCUGCAUGAUAUCCUCACUGAGGUUCAUCUGCUCAUACACAGAGUGGACUUUCCUCCAGCUAUUCGGAUUGGUCUGCUCAUCAAGUUGGCUGACAUUGAACACAGGCUCGCCUCAGGAACCAAUGAGAAGAUCCAGCUGAGCUCCAUGGUUGCAGCUUUCCAGGCAGUGAGAGACCUCGUGGUCAGCGAGGCCUCUUAGAUACAGUAACUGCUUUACCCCACAACGAAAUUCUGUCUCUUGAAUGCAAACCGCUGGUGGAGAGAAAGUUUUCACCCAUUCCUUGGUGACCACCAUCACUUCUUUUUGUACCACAAGUCAGGCGAUAUUUAAUUGGUCUUUCAUUUCCUACUCUGCUGUCCUGGUCAAUGUAACUAAAACGCUGUAUCCCAGGUCCUUUCUGGGAGUGUGUGUGAAGAGAAUAGGUAGAUUUUCUUUUCAACCAAACAGAUGAUUUCACUGAGAGAUCAGUCAAAAUUCAUCAAAAUGACCUAACUAUCUUUAUUUAGAGAGAAAGCAGAUGUCCUUAAGUGUCCACUGCAAUCAGAGUUGAUGCACAAACACAAAUGCUAGCAGCUAUCUGAGUCACUCACAUCUGCAUACAAACUGAGCAAAAUGGAAGACAGUCGUUUGUGAUUGGACCCAAACAGGGUCUAUCCUUUGGGCACUUAAAAUAUGGACUUGGAAAACUGUAAAUUUAGUUACAGUGCAGGAUCAACUUAUUGUCGACUAUUAUUUCACUGAAAAUAGACGAUGAGGUAAAAAAAAAAAAUUUAAAUGUCAAACAACAUGCCAUUAUGUUACAGAACACAACACCAUAUACACCUGUGUAAGAACACGUCUUGGUGUACAUCUGCUUAAUAAAACUUUAAUAAAACUAUUUCCUAGAAGUUCAGUUUGUUAUAUUAACAAUCAACAUGUGCUGUUACAGUAGUAGUGCAUUUGCAUCUUAUGAAGUUAAACACAGGAAUUAGAAAUACAUAUACAUUUGAUAUUUACACAAUAAAUUAAAAGUAUAAAAUUGUGCUAAUUGUGCUAAAUCAAGCAUGUGAACACUGAGUUUAUGCUCAUCUUACAGUAGUACUGCAAUAAAUGAAGUCCUUACUAUAGUAAUGUUGCAACUAAAGUAGAUUACAAUGAGAUGCUUCCUGUGCUAAAUCAAGCAUCUCGUCAAACGAAAAAGGCAUUUUAUUAUUAUUAUUAGGCAUUGCUUAAUCACUUGCUGUAGUUGUCAGUUGUUGCAUUGUGUUAAUAGUGCUAUUUAACCUUCCCACUCUUCAUCUGAGGAGCAGCACGUAUUGAGGUGGUCAGGGAUGUUUCUGUAGGUGAGGUACUCGAGGAUCCUCUUGGGGAGGGGCAGCGGCUCCAUCUGGUGUGUGGAGACAGAGUGGCGCAGGAUGGAUCGGCACAGGUGGCGCAGGCUGGGCACCGUCCUGGGUGCCCUCCAGAACCUCACGUGGCCGUCUCUGGUUCUGUCACAAGGGGUAUGGUUAGUGUUACAGCUGUAUGGUGGCCAAGAAGGCUUAAUGCACUGCAACUUCAGAAAACACAAACUAGAAAAGGAUUUAUCUUGCUUACGCUGAACAUUGCAGGUGAAAACACUGUAAACAGGUUAAAAUGUAUUUGCAUGUGAGAUGUUGAAUAGGGGUUUAAGAGUUAGAAAUGAAAGCUGUCGAAGAGAUAGUUAAAGUGUGUGCACUGUAAAUAGUUGCAGUAUUUGAGCUACUGUAAAAACAUUUUAAACAAAAGCAACAAAAAUUUCAGUUGAAUAGAAAAAUAAAACGAGAACUAAUAGGAAACACUGUAUGUUUCUGUAUUUACAGUUCAUUUCUGUAGGCUGCAUGUGUGUUGUCAGCUUGAUGAAUGUGUUUUUGUUUUUUAUUUUUAUUUGCGUGUUUUGUCUGACCAGCCAUCCAAAAGAUUCACUUUACAAUUAGAAACUGAAAAGGCUGCAAAUCCCUACAUUUGUGAAGCUGGAACCAGCAAAUGUUUGGUAUUUUUCCUUCAUGAAUUAAUAACUGAAUAAUACAUUUGAUAAAUGGAUUCAUCAUCAUUUAAUUGUCUGUUCAGCAUACAAAUGGCCAGCAGGGAGCGGGUUAGGCUGCAGGUGUGGUUUAAGAAACUGAGUCACAAUUCACAUCCGUUCUGACUGCUGUGAAGAACUCAGCCACCAACCUCCACCAGCUACAACAUUUCUACAGCUACCUUUCAAGCAGUAUCAGUUUUAUAUUCAAAUAAUAAAUUGUGAUAAACACUUGAGGAUUUUUACCCUGUGGCGACCACUCCCCCUCGUGGAUGGUAGUUGCAGCAGAGUCCAUUAGAGUCUCGGUCCGCUUUCGUCUGCAUCACCAUCCCUUUAUUUCCCGGCUCCCAGAUCCGAAGAGCUCUGCAAACACAACACGUCUGCUGAAAUCAUUUCAUCCAGAAACAUUUACAUGAUGACAUAAUAUUAAAGAUUUAUGAGAUGGAACUGAUAAACUACUCACCUGUCGUCAGUCACGAUCGCCAAGUGCAAACCGUUGGGGGAGAACUGUAAUGCUGAGAUUUGGUUUUGGCCGUAAUCCUCGAAGUAGUCACUGCGGAUAAAAGAAAUGAUAUUGCCCCUGACUGAGUAGCCAUAGUCAGACAUCCUUAAUGUUCAUGACUUGAAUGUUAAACAUAUGACUUAUUUUGUGGGGACUUUAUUGUGCAUUUUUCUAUGCAUUAUAUGCUUUACUAAUGUGCUGGGUAUAUUUGUUUCUCAUCUGAAUGUACCUGAUGAUUCUGUUAUGGUAUAUUUAGGUGGUUUAGAACAUAUUGAACAUAUUAAUUGCACUUACAUGCAAAUGGGUUCACUAUUUUAUGGAUUUCUUUUUGGUUCACCAUUGUGUAAUCACAUGACCUGUGAGGAGACCUCUUUGGACAAGAAAUUACCAAGUUUAAGGUGUGUCUCUGCGUUUCUUUCUUGUCUGAGGAAGGGCUUGCACCCGAAACGUCAAAUGGUGGUAUACUAAUAAAUGUUCAUGGGAGAAUUA